UCCGGCGAAUGACAAUGCCAAUGAUAAUAACAGUGCGGCCAGAGGACUAGACCGCCGGCGCAGUCUACCGCAGCCGCCGCUGGAGCCAACACUUCCGCCAGGGUGCGUGCCUUCGCUGGAGACGCACGGCUACGCACAUCGGCGUCACACCCAGCAGCGUCGGGGCCGCAGCACGUCGUUCGCAGGCACCCAGAGCGGUCACUGCAAGACCAUGAGGCAGCAGUCAAGCGAGCCCCCAGCUGUGGACAGCUCAUCAAGAGACGUGGUGCUGCGGCCCGUGUCGCCGCUGAGGCCUACGGCGGUGCUGGCGAGGCUGCUAUUGGUGCUGCUGGCGGCGCCGCUGCUGCUGCUGGGAUUCCACGCCACGCUGCUUCUGGUGCUGGCCGCCGUGGCGCUGCUGUCGUGCACACACGGCCACUGGCGGCGCGCCGGCGUGCCCCACCACCGCCCACUCCCCCUGGUGGGAAGCCUGGGCCCACUGCUGCUGCACGUCACCUCCCCACCACACUUGCUGGCCGACCUCCACCUGCACCCUCCUGCGGGCCACCGCGACUGCCCGCUAGUCGGUUUCUACAUCUUCGACAGGCCGGCCCUGCUAGUGCGCGAUCCCGACCUGGUGCGGCAGCUGCUGGUCAAGGACUUCGCUGACUUCCCCGACCGCCACACGGAGGCGCGGCCUGAGGACUCGAUGGGCUGCCUCAACAUGUUCGGCGCGCGUGCUGCGCUCUGGCGGCGGCUGCGCGCUGCCACGUCGCCCGCUUUCACGGGAGCGCGGAUGCGCGCCAUGUUUCCGCAGGUGGACCGGUGCGCAUGUGCGAUGGUACAGCGCCUCCUGGAGACGGGAGCCGGCGGGACGCAGCCCGUCAAGGUUCGGGACGUCGCCAGCAGAUGCAUCACUGACAUACUCACCAGCUGCUUGUUUGGUGUGGAGGGCGGCGCGCUGUCGGGGGAGAGGCGGGGCUGGAACGACGCGGUGCGGGGCGUGUUCGGGUUCUCGCCGCGGCGCGCGCUGGAGGUGCUGUCGGUGUUCGUGGCUCCGCAGCUGCGCCCGCUGCGGCUGUUCGCGCCGAGAUUCUUCGGCGCCGUCCCCGAGAGCUUCUACCGGCACGCCUUCGCGGAGCUCUCCGAGCAUCGGCGAUCGGCGGCGGACACCGGCAAGCCGGCGCACGUGUUAGACAUGCUGAUGGCGUUCGCUCGCAGAGAGGGCGGUCUGGAGCUGUGCACGGCGCAGGCGUCCAUCCUAGUGACAGCGGGCUCCGAGACGACGGCGACGACGCUGACCUGCUGCCUGUACGAGCUGGCCGCCAACCCGGCGCUGCAGGAGCGCCUGCGGCACGAGGUCAGGGAAGGGCUCGGGCCGCUCCCCUCCUACCAGCAGAUCGCCGCCAUGACCUACCUGCACAUGGUCGUCGCAGAGACGCUGCGCAAGUACCCGGCGCUGCCGUACGUGGAGCGGCGUUGCCGGCGGCCGCGCAGCCUGGACGCGUGCGCAGGUUCAGGUGCGGGGGUUCCCCUGGAGGCGGGCACGCCGCUGUUCGUCUCCACGCUGGGCCUGCACCACGACCCGCGCUUCUUCCCGCAGCCCGACCGCUUCGACCCAGAGCGCUUCUCAGAGGACGCCUGCCGCACCAGACACCCCUACUGCUACGCGCCCUUCGGCCACGGACCACGCAGCUGCGUCGGCAUGCGGCUGGGCCUGCUGGCGGUGAAGCUGUGCGUGGCGCGCGUCGUCAGCUCGCUGCGCGUCUCGCUGGCGCCGGACACUCCGCAGCUGCGGACGAGUGCGCUCUCGCUCCUGCUCAGCCCGGUGGGAGGCGUGCCGCUCAUCUUCACGCCGCUCCGCGACCAGUCCUGACCGCCUCCAGGAGCCUGCGGCAUCAGCCACACCAACUACAACUUGCGGCGACUGCAGAGCACUCGUCAGAGGUCGCCGCCGAUUCCGGCAGCGUCGGUGACGGACUCACCUGGCUCACAGCCCAGGGGACACCUUUUCUGACUUUCA